AUGGAACCGCCCCAGCACCAUCGGCGAGCCUCACCGCCACCGGCCUCAUCGCCCGCAAACUCCACCACCACGAUGCAGCAGCCAAAGCCCAACAAUCCUGCCCCGCAUAACCGCCCACUCUUCGCACACAUUCCACCCUCAUCUAUGCUACCCUCGCGGACAAACCACAGCACGCCCAUCACAUCGCCGGGCUUGUUCAGCCCUACACUGACCAGGCACAAUACACAGCCGCCGACGUCGUGGUCCGAAUCGAAUUCGCCUGGUCCGGGUGCCGACCCCAUCGCUCCUUAUCUGCAUCCGCUGCAGACCUACAAAGUGAGAGAAACGACCAAAGCGCUCAUCGAAUCCGACAACAUCACCGGCCGCAAGCUCAUUAAUCAAUAUGAGGUCAUCGAAGAGAUCGGCCGUGGCAUGCACGGCAAAGUCAAGUUGGCACGCAACAUCGAAACGGGCGAUAAUGUUGCGAUUAAGAUCAUCCCGCGCUUCUCUAAGAAACGUCGUCUCGGUAAAGUCACCGCCAUGUCGCCGCAGGACAAGACCAAGAAAGAGAUUGCCAUUCUCAAGAAAAUCCGACACCCCAACGUCGUCGCCCUUCUUGAGGUCAUUGACGAUCCCGAGCUGAAGAAGAUUUACAUGGUCCUCGAGCACGCCGAGCUCGGAGAAGUCGUUUGGAGAAAAAAGGGACUGCCUCACAUCUGCCAAUAUGAGCGUCGGCGCGCAGAGAGGGAGGCUCGCGGCGACACCCGCACCGUCGAGGAGGAGAGAUACGAUCAGAUUCUGGAGCAGCGGCAGAUACUCAAAGAGUACAAGCGCGCACGAAUGGCUCAGCACUACAGUGGACCGACCGAUUACUGGAGCAACGAGUAUGGUGCCGCGGACGAACCAAGCAGCAGCUUUGGCCAGUCUUCGCGCAUCAUGUCCCGUGAAGACUUCGCUGUCAGCGAUGGCCCUCCGUCCCGGCCUGGGUCUCGCCAACCUUCAAGAGGCCCGUCACGUUCCCACUCUCUUGCCUCUGUCGCUCGACCCCCCUCCGAACUAGACGAGGAAGUUGACUGGGAAGAGAACAUGGAGACCCCCGGACCGAUUCGGUCCAACCCCAAUUCUCAUACGGCUCUCGAUGGCAUGAUGUACGUGCCACAGCUUGAGGAGCAUCACUUUCGUGGUCGUUCACCGAGCAUGGCCGACUCCAUCAUCUCCCACAUGUCGUCAGUCGACAUGUUCCAACCCACGCAUGAUGCCUUUGCCGACGAUUUCUCCUAUGUUCCUUGUUUCACCAUGGAUCUAGCACGCUCAGCGUUCCGUGACACGCUCCUGGGCCUUGAGUAUUUGCACUACCAAGGCGUUGUGCACCGCGACAUCAAGCCAGCGAAUCUGCUCUGGAGCAAGGACCAUCGUGUCAAGAUUUCAGACUUUGGUGUCUCCUACUUUGGUCGACCAAUCCGAGAUGGCGAGUUGGAUGAGCCAGUGUCCGAGUCGGAGGCUAAAGACUUUGACGAUGAUGUCGAACUGUCAAAGACUGUCGGCACGCCGGCCUUCUUUGCGCCCGAGCUGUGUUACACUGACGAGGGCAGAGAUCAUCAGCCUAAGGUCUCGGAGCAGAUUGAUGUCUGGUCACUUGGCGUCACACUGUAUUGCUUGAUCUUCGCUCGCAUCCCCUUCCUCGCCGAGGAUGAGUUUCAAAUGUUUCGCAAAAUCGCCACAGAGGAGGUGUACAUACCUCAUCGCAGACUGAAGCCCGUCGACCCGUCAACGUCACCCGUUGGAACUUCGCUGUACAAGAGACACAACGUCCACCCCUAUCGCAACGACAACGACCUGGAGUAUGAGCAAGUCGAUCCCCUCUUAUGGGACCUUCUCCGCCGCAUGCUCACAAAGAAUCCCGAACAGCGUAUCAAGCUGAGAGACAUCAAACGGCACCAGUGGGUGAUGCAGGGCAUUGAGAACCCUGUGGGAUGGCUCGACGACACUGAUCCGGGUCGUCCCUCGUCAGGCCGAAAGAUUGAGAUCAACGACCAGGAUGUGUCGGACGCCGUUGUCCCUCUCACCUUCCUGGAGCGAUUGUCACGCAAGGCUGGUAACAUUGGCAAGGCUGUGACCAAAGCCAUCCACCCGUUGGUCGAUCGCAGUGACAGCAAGUCACGUCGUCGAGCCAACAGUAGCGUUGCCAGCUCUGCCGGGGAUAGCAUGGUGAACGGACCGCCCUCGCAGCAUCCCGGUUCAGACCGUCGCCGAAGUGUGCUGCCCGACGACUAUUUUUUAGGCGCCGCCGCAAGGGAGCUCUAUCCUGGCGCAGAGCCCGUUGAUUACGAUCCGAUGGCUACUGUGCUGCCUCCCCUGGAAAAGGCAAACGCUAUGCAUGCGGUCUCCGCAGCCCUUCAGGACACACCCCGGACGAUGCUACGACAUGCACGGUCACUUAGCAAACCAAACGAACAGGUCAAAGACCGGCGCUCAAGGAACUUAGAGCCUCACACCACUCCCUCGACACCACUGCGCGGCAGCGGAGGGCUCGAUGAAGAUUCUGACUAUCUGGCAGGGGAGCUACGCUGGCCUCGCACUCUCAACAUCGAAGACGAGGAUAAUUCCCGGUCUCGCUCUGUUGACAGGGGUCUCUUUGGAGCUGCUGACAAACGUGGCUCCGCGCAAGUCGGUGUGUCGCAAGCAGUUGCGUCUGGCGAUAUCCAGCGUCCGGCUGUCCACGGCCAUCCGCGACAGAUGCGCUCUGUGGACCUUGGCAAAGCGCGCAACCGCCUCAGUCUUGCGUCGCCUCUGUCGUCUGCCAUGUACACCGAUGAGAUCAGUGAGCCGAAUCUGAACAGUGAGCCCGCAAAGUCGCCCAGCAAACCACCACUACAGCGCAAGCACACGAACUCGAAUCCUGAAUCCUUUGUGAACUCGCAAGGGUUCUUCCAUCUGGGACAGGAGGACGAUAUGCAGCAGUCCACGGGUACGCUGAAGCACAUUGACCCCGCAAGCGUACCGCACACGCCCUCGCCAGACAGCGGUGGCUGGGAUCAUCAUCAUUCUGCCGUGGGGGGCGACAUGACCAAGGACACGAAGUCAUCCAGCACAGACUCCAUGGAUUGCGUGGGGACCCCGUGCACCGUGCUCAGCGAAGUGGCGGGCCCGGUUUCGGAACCACCCGCACACCAGAAGCGCCAUUCCGAGCACUUUCAGUCGGACCCGUCCUUGCCAGCCUUGCUCAGCGGCGCGAGCUCCGUGUCGGCGGACAUGGAGGCAGAGCUGCUCGGUCGGCCGGGGGUUGUCAGCAACAGACCAUCUCUAUUGGAGACAACCGACUCCAUGACACCGCCUCUAGAGGGGAAAGAAGGUGAUGAGCUUGCUGUGAGUCACGUAUUUGGGCAUCCACCCGCCAUGGCCAGUGGCUCUCUGACGCUCCGUCUUGACCCGGCGGAUGACGAGAGUCACCACGACGAUUACGAUCAUGAACGAGAUGACGACGGCAGUGGGAGCGACGACGAGAUCCUUCUCAUGGCGUCACGGAAGAAGCAAGCCCCUGCCUCCACUAGUACGGUAUCGCGCGGGCUGCCUGCGGAGCCGAAACGGCGCGAUACCAACAUCAGCACGACGAGCGUUGAGACGGCGCGUCCGCCGCCCACGACGAAUGACGAGCACGCAGCAGACGGUGCAUGA